AACAAAUAAAAGGACACGUUAUAUUGUUUGAAAAUACAUAGCAAGCUAGGUAAAAACGACAAUUGGGAUUCAGCUAUACAUCGGUUUGAUUAGUAGCCAAUUACUUGUUCUUCCUCCAAGUAAUGUACAUUUCUGAUUACUUAUUUGAUUAAUAAUGCCUGAUAACCUAGCUAAUCGUACUCUUCUGAAACAUCGAAUGCUCGAUAUCCUCCCCUGACAACGGUGAGUCAAGGAAAUGUCUGGUUGCGACAACCAAUCAUAUCGCCGUCUGCCACCAAGAAGUAACCAAGAAUUGCACUCCACGACCAAUCCGAGACACCAGUGCAACCAAUAGGUAACCAAUAUUGACCAAUACCGAUAGAGCAAUGGCGGGAUCUUUAAACGCAGAAAGAGUGCCAUGGAAAAUAUAUUUCCUCUCAGGUAAUUCUGUUAGCGUGUUAUCUUUCUUUUCUGAAGUAACGUUAGCUAUGAGCUAUGGCGGGACCGUUAAACGCUGGAAGAGGACAAUGUAAAAAUCUAUUUCCUCAGUUAAUUUUCGCGGGUCAUCUUUCUUUUCUGAAGUAACGUUAGUUACAAUUUUUUGUUGUCUGCUGUUUUCAUUCAUCAUCAUCGAUCGGAAUAUCUAUCAGCGGACAUGGAGCCCAGCUUCAGAAAACUGCCAAAUGGAAGCCUUGUCUUAACGGUAAGGAUUCCAGGAUUUAUGGGACAAAAACUACUAAAUGAGCAUGGAGCAGGGCUGUGUCUCCAGACAAAGUGGUGGGUUCAACCAGGAGGGCCAUACUGCUCAGAGGUGGCAACCCAGCAAGCAGGGCACAUUUGCUGGAUCAGCAUGAGAUUUGGGCUUUAUAAGGAGCAGACCUUCAAGUGGGUGGUUGAAAAUGUGCUGGGCUGGGUAUUUGGUAGCAUCAAUGCAGAAAGAAUCUGCCUCAGCCAGCAAGAAGUGAUUUCAAAAACCAUGCUGCUAAUAAGAUGGCUUUCAAGGAAUACUUGGAGCUCUUCCAUGAGGGCUGGGAGGCUAUCAGGAUUAAGUCUGCCAUUUACCACCACCCAGCCAUGCAAAGACCAGAUGACCACUGGUUCCCAGAGGUCCUCAACAUCCUCACUCGGGUCAUUGCUGGUUGGAAAACUUUGACCCUCCCAGAAUCUCAACAGGACAAUAAGGAAGCUUAUGUCUCCUCGGAAGGUUCAGCCUAUUCUACUUUUCAGCCCUUCCAUCCUCUGAGCCUGAUGAUGGUGAGCUCCUUAUGGCAGCAGAGCAGCGUGAGUCACAGGAGUCAGACGUGCCACGACCAAUGGUGUAACGAGUAUCAAGUUUAUUACAUAUAGUACUCACUGCUCAGCCUCUGAGUCUUAUUCUAUGUGUGGCGUAUUUAUAGUGAUGACUUACAUUUCAAAUGAUGUACUAGGCAUACACAGUAUGUCUCAUGUGAUAUGAUAACCUGUUAUUUGGGGAAUGUAUUAUCCUUACAUUAUUUCUCGUGUGGGGAUGUUGUCUUUUCUUUUCAUGGAGAGAUGCAUGGCAACACAUUUUGCCAGAUGUGGACCGUAAGUGGGUGUCCAAGGCAUUGUUCAGGUGGUCGGGGAAUGGGAUUCCAGAAAUGGACUUUGCCAGGGUUGACAAAAUGUGGUGGGACCCUCCACCACCCCUCACCGCCCGUUCUCUGCUGCGAUGGAUGCCUAGGAAGCUCUGGCAUGUGAAGCUAUGCCCAAAUUCUGACUGUGAGAGGGGGGAGCUGACCACUUCAGGACUCCACCAGAAGAUCAGGCAGGUUGUGGAUGGAUCCUACUAUGUGGCAGCAGAAUACCUUUAAUGUCCCAUGUGCAGUAGGAAGGUCGUCACUGGUUUCUUACAUUGUUCCACGCAAAUACACUGGGAAGCUGAUGGAUUUGGAGUACCUCUUCGAUCAGACUGGUUUGGUGCUGCAGGAUUGCAAGGCUGCCAUUGAGAAACUGGAGACAGGUGUGGUAUCUGUGAAUUUUGAGGAGGAUGAGGAGGGCAACCUGUGUCUCAUAGCGUAUCCCCUGCAAAGUGACUCUGGGGUGGGGGACCUGGAGAAUAUAGACCCAUCGGUCAAUGGUGAGCCCAACAGCAAGAUGCUCCAGUGGGGCAUCAAGCAGCUGUCUGCCCAGAGUCUGCUGGACUCACGCAAAGACAAGGACAAGAGUCAUAAGCCCGAGGGGGAGGUGUUGGAGUGGCUGCAGCAGGAGGAGGUGCCUCUGGGAAGCAGAAACGCCAUCCAACACAACCCCUGGAGACUCAAACUCCAACAAAAACACCUGCAGAGGAUGAAGGAGAACGCCAAGCACCGCAACCAGUACAAAUUCAUCCUGCUGGAGAACCUGACUUGGCGUCACGCGGUUCCGUGCGUGCUGGACCUGAAGAUGGGCACGCGGCAGCACGGUGACAACGUGUCCGAGGAGAAGAAGGUCAUGCAAAUCCGCAAGUGCCAGCAAAGCACCUCAGCCUCCAUCGGAGUACGCCUCUGUGGCAUGCAGGUAUACCAGUCAGAUUCGGGUCAGCUCAUGUUCAUGGAUAAGUACAUUGGGCGUAAACUAACCCUGUCGGGCUUCAAGGAGGCUCUGUUCCAGUUCUUCCAUGACGGGCGGCGUCUGCGACGCGAGCUGCUCUCCCCGGUGCUGCGGAGGCUCAGGGAGACGCAGGCAGCUCUGGAGGGCUGUGAGUCCUACCGCUUCUAUUCCUCCUCCCUGCUCAUCAUCUACGACGGUGAGCCACCCCGCACACACGCACGCAGAGGCCCCGAGGACGGUCUGUCUGAGGAGGAAGAAGAGGAGGAAGUGAAGAAAGAUGAAGAGGCAAGUGCGUUUGUGUUUCCCCGCAGCAGUAGCAGUGGUAGCACUGGUGGUGGAUGUCUGGCAGCCCGAUCUGAUACAGGCCCUGGCCCGGCGGUGGACGUGAGGAUGAUUGACUUUGCCCACACCACGUGCCCUGACUAUGUGGAGGACAGUGUGGUGCACGAGGGCCAGGACAGUGGCUACAUCUUCGGUCUGCAGAACCUCAUCACCAUCAUAUCCCAGCUGGAGGACCACUGCACAGACUAAAACACACACACACACAUUUUCUCUUCUCUCUUUUGGACUCAUAGAAGAAGCAGCACACUGGACUACAGGGGCUGGCCAUAGGGGAACACUGAACAUUGCUGUAGCCAGUUUUUCCACAGGAGUCCUUCAUUUGGGUGUUUUUGUUUGUAUCCAUAAGGGAUACAAAGGGCCAUGAAGGCUACAUUUGAAGAGACAUUUGCAAUCUUCUUUAGUUGACUCAGUGAGUUGUCGCCAUUAUCUGCUUACUCUGUUACCUAUUACGAAGUUGGUUAUUUUACCCAGUUAUUUAUUUUGGGAAAAAGGCACACAAGGAAGUUUGAGAUUAAGUCCAAGACUGCAAGCAUGGAUUCCAACUGUGUAAAGGUGCCUGCCUUAUGCAAGCACACACACACACAUGCACUUAUUUUGAUGUGUGCUACUGAUCGGGCAGAUGUAUUUGAAAAAGCAAACAGAGAAACUGCUGUAUGUGUGUGAAAUAUUAAAGUUGAUGAGAGGAAAGAGAAAACAUCUCAUCUUCCAUUUUUCUUCUAAACCAGUUUAUUUUGCCACCCUCUAUUCUUCUCCUUUUGCAUUCAUAGAAUAUACUAUGGUAUAUUCAGAUAGCAAUUAGAUUACAUACUAUGUCUUUAUUUAUUUGACAUGUUUCUUAAAUAAAAAUUUUAAUUUAAAUAAUUGUAUGUUAUUGUAUAUUAUUCAUUUUGUUAGAAUAAUAUUAAUUAAUAUUAUUAUUUGACAUGUUCAGGUACAGUUGAAGUCGGAAGUUUACAUACACUUAGGUUGGAGUCAUUAAAACUUGUUUUUCAACCACUCCACAAAUUUCUUGUUAACAAACUAUGGUUUUGGCAAGUCGGUUAGGACAUCUACUUUGUGCGUGACACAAGUAAUUUUUCCAACAAUUGUUUACAGACAGAUUAUUUCCCUUAUAAUUCACGUAUCACAAUUCCAGUGGGUCAGAAGUUUGCAUAGACUAAGUUUGCUGUGCCUUUAAACAGCUUGGAAAAUUCCAGAAAAUUAUGUCAUGGCUUUAGGAGCUUCUGAUAGGCUAAUUGACAUAAUUUGAGUCAAUUGGAGGUGUACCUGUGGAUGUUUUUCAAGGCCUACGUUCAAACUCAGUACCUCUUUGCUUGACAUCAUGGGAAAAUCAAAAGAAAUCAGCCAAGACCUCAGAAAAAAUGGAAGACCUAAACAAGUCUGGAUCAUCCUUGGGAGCAAUUUCCAAACGCCUGAAGGCACCACGUUCAUCUAUACAAACAAUAGUAUGCAAGUAUUAACACCAUGGGACCACGCAGCCAUCACCCCGCUCUGGAAGAGAGAUGUCACCUAGAGAUGAACGUACUUUGGUGCGAAAAGUGAAAAUCAAUCCCAGAACAACAGCAAAGGACUCUGUGAAGAUGCUGGAGGAAACAGGUACAAAAGUAUCUAUAUCCACAGUAAAACGAGUCCUAUAUUGACAUAACCUGAAAGGCCGCUCAGCAAGGAAGAAGCCACUGCUCCAAAACCGCCAUAAAAAAUCCAGAUUACGGUUUGCAACUGCACAUGGGGACAAAGAUCAUACUUUUUGGAGAAAUGUCCUCUGGUCUGAUGAAACAGAAAUAAGAACUGUUUGGCCAUAAUGCCCAUCGUUAUGUUUGGAGGAAAAAGGGAGAGGCUUGCAAGCCGAAGAACACCAUCCCAACCGUGAAGCACGGGGGUGGCAGCAUCAUGUUGUGGGGGUGCUUUGCUGCAGGAGGGACUGGUGCACUUCACAAAAUAGAUGGCAUCAUGAGGCAGGAAAAUGAUGUGGAUAUAUGGAAACAACAUCUCAAGUCAUCAGUCAGGAAGUUAAAGCUUGGUCGCAAAUGGGUCUUCCAAAUGGACAAUGACCCCAAGCAUACAAAGCUGUGGCAAAAUGGCUUAAGGACAACAAAGUUAAGGUAUUGGAGUGGCCAUCACGAAGCCCUGACCUCAAUCCGAUAGAACAUUUGUUGGCAGAACUGAAAAAGUGUGUGCGAGCAAGGAGGCCUACAAACCUGACUCAUUUCCACCAGCUCUGUCAGGAGGAAUGGGCCAAAAUUCACCCAACUUAUUGUGGGAAGCUUGUGGAAGGCUACCCAAAACGUUUGACCCAAGUUAAACAAUUUAAAGGCAAUGCUACCAAAUACUAAUUGAGUGUAUGUAAACUUCUGACCCACUGGGAAUGUGGUGAAAUAAAUUAUACUCUCUACUGUUAUUCUGACAUUUCACAUUCUUAAAAUAAAGUGGUGAUCCUAACUGACCUAAGACAGGGGAAUCUUUACUCUGAUUAAAUGUCAGGAAUUGUGAAAAACUGAGUUUAAAUGUAUUUGGCUAAGGUGUAUGUACACUUCGGACUUCUGGAUUGUCCACAGUUUGUUGGAGGGGAAAUAAAAACUGUUUUGGUUGUGGUAAAAUGUA